ACAUGUACAUGCUUUGUUUCACACUCAAACACUCACACACGGUCUCUUACAAAUGCACACACUCUCCUUGCAGAUAUUGGAGUAAUCAGUGAAGACUGUUGGGAUAAAGUAAUGCUACCAUUGAGAAUGCCAGUCCUUCCCAAGUAUAUUGGAGUAAACAAAGAUGUUAGUCUGAUUUCACCUUUUGAGUUAUUCCACUGUGUUCCUCUCAUAUCCUUUCUGCCCACACUCUGUUGUACCAUUUUCUUAAACUAAGGUGUCACUCAUCAACACAAAUUUGCAUACACCCAAUAUCCUCUUGCUACACUUUCAAGAUGUCCCUUUGCAAUAUAUUUUGGACAGUAUAACAUACGAACUGUAUCCAGUCAUCUGUUUUCAGGCUAUAUACAAUUUUUCUGC